AUGGAAAAACCAACUGCCGACGGCGAAGCCAUUGCGGCGCAGCUCCCUAUCCUCGUUAUUGGUUCCGGAACCGCUGGACUUGCACUCGCACAGGGGCUCCGCAAAGCGAACAUCCCGUGCGUCGUGUUCGAGAAGAACGCUGCCACGCAUGGCGAGCGCGACUGGAACAUGGGCCUUCACUGGGGCGCGCCAGUCCUGAAAAGCCUCAUGCCAGAUGGCUGGUGGGACCGCAUCCAGAGCGUCCAGGUCGACCCGAAUGUCCCCACGAAAGAGCAGGACACGUUGAAGUGGCUGCGAGGCGAUACCGGAGCGCUGGUUGCAGCCAUCACCUUCGGGCCUUUCUACCGCUUACGGAGGAGCAAGUUGCGCGACCUGUUAAUGCAAGGCCUUGACAUACACUUCGACAAGCGCUUACACGACGUCUCAUACUCACCUGAUGAUGACUCAGUCACUGCCCAUUUCGCCGACGGAACUUCGACAACAGGACGCAUGCUGGUUGGCGCGGAUGGAGCGCGCUCUUCCACCAGGCAGAUUCUCCUCGGGAGGGAAUUGGGCUCCAUCAACCACAUACCGUAUGCGUGCACGUUUGUCCAGUGCAAGUUUACCGCCGAGCAAGCCCGUUUCUUGCGGUCAUUCCACCCACUGUAUCUGGCAUGUGCGCACCCGAAUAACAACUUCGCCUUCUUCGGCAUGCAUGAUGCGCCGGACGAAGAUGACCCGGCUUCCUGGACCUUCUUCUACUACAUCUCGUGGAGAAGUAGUUUGAAAGAGCAGGAAGCCACAAAGAACUGGACCGGUGCCCAGCGCCUGGCGCAACAAAAAGAAUUCGCAAAAGAGUUUUGCGACCCGUGGAGGAGUGCGUUUGAAUGGACGCCAGACUGCACGCCCGUGUGGUAUCUCGGCCUCACGGACUGGGACCCGGGCAUGGAAGGUCAUCGCUGGGAUAACCAUCGCGGCUUAAUUACUAUGGUGGGCGAUGCUGUGCAUCCGAUGACGUACCAGCGAGGUCAGGGCCUCAAUCACUCUGUUACAGACGCUGGGAAGUUGUACGAAGCUAUUACUAAGAUUGAGGCUGGCGAGGACAGGAAAGCUGCGGUUGAUGCGUUUGAAGAGGAGAUGAUUAGGCGUGGGGGUACGGAGGUUAGGGAUGGCACGGCAAAUACCAUGAUGCUUCAUGAUUGGGAACGCGUUAAGCAGAGUCCGCUUUUUACGAAGGGGAUGAAGAAGACCGAGGCUUAG